UAGUAGUAGUAGUAGUAAUAGUAAUAUUGUAUCACGGUAUUUUAUAAUAGAGCCUCAACUUAUACUAGUCUUGCCUGAAAAUCUCUCGUUUUCUAUCAUUCUCCCAUCCUGCAGGCCUGAGCCCAGACCGAGACCCAGAGAAAUGUAAACAAACGCAGAGUCAGACAUGAUAUACGGGUGAAUUUGUUGCUUUUUAGAGCGGCAAUGGAUCUGUACAUGAGUGAGGUGGCGAGGGGCGUGGCCAGGGGGCGGCUAGCAGCGUGUGCCACCAGGGAAAUGUGUAUGAACAUAAAAAAGGCGCCUGUCAAGAAAGGUUCGUUCGGUGCAAGGAGUUGGCACAGGAGGCGUCUGAGGCUGUGCAGAGCGGCCGUCUGAACCUGGUGCCACAGCUGCACAGGAGGGCAUGGCAUAGCUGGCUGGACAACAUCACAGACUGGUGUGUCUCCCAGCAACUCUGGUGGGGCCACAGAAUGCCAGUGUACCACAUCACUGCAGCAGACGGCGGGGAGGUGCGGGUGGCAGCUGCUCGGAGGAAGAUGCAAGGCGGAAGGCUGUGGAGAAGGAAGACUGUGCUGCUGCAUGGCCUCCUGUGUGAUGGUGGCGGCCACAAGACAUCCAAGUCCUGGGGCAAUGUGAUAAACCCCCUGGAUGUGAUCAGUGGGGCGUCCCUGGAGGUACUGUGUGAGAGGAUGGAGGGGAGCCUGAAUACAGAAGAGGUACUCACUGGUAUCAGGAGGAACUUCCCCACAGGCAUCCCAGAGUGUGGAGCUGAUGCCCUUUGGUUCACCCUGUGCUCCACCAACUUCAAUACUGCACACCCCGUCCUGCAGCCUCAAGGCACUCAUCUCUCCUUUUCCAGUCAUGGGUGCCUUGCCUCCUCCUUGCAACACCACCACCACCACCACCACUGCUGCCAUCACCUACGAGGGGGAGAGACUGUGAUGUGGCUGCGGGUGGCUAGCAUGGAAGUUGGAGAGAGGCAGCAAGCUCUGCUGUGCCCUAGGUGUAAGCGUUGGCAACACAGGACAUGUGGAAGUGGGGUGAGCCAGGCAGAAUAUAGACAGGCCAUUAGAGAAGGAAGAGAGGUAGACUGGAUGUGCAUAUUUUGUAUGUCACCACUGCCUUCACCGUCUUCACCACUCGACCUGGCUGCUUCACCGUCUUCACCACUCGACCUGGCUGCUUCACCGUCUUCACCACUCGACCUACCUGCUUCACCGUCUUCACCACUCGACCUGGCUGCUUCACCGUCUUCACCACCCGUGCCUACAUCACUUGUUUCUUCUCUGUAUGAUUCCUCUGAUGACGAUUUGCCCAACCUAAACCAAAGAGAGGUCCUCCAUGAGUCUAUCCUCUCUGAUACAGCCCCAGUUGCAGCUGUGUCUCAGGAAGUUCCUGUAACCUACGCCAAGGGCAAGAGCAAGCGAGGGGAAGGGAAGUGAAGGCACAUUGUCAAGGUACCAAAGAAAAAAAUAUAAACGCAUGCAUGGUAGAUUAUUUGAUGCGUGGGAAGAAUACAUGAGAACCUCGACAAGGGACAUAGAACUGGCAAAGAUGCUUUUGCGCAAAUGUGCGGGAAUAUACUGCCCAUUCUAAUGUGUGGACGGCAUGAAUACAUGUAUUUUAUUCAUUCUUUUCUUAAUGUUUUAAUGUUUUUAAUGUUUUUAAUGUUUUUAAUGUUUUUAAUGUUUUAAUGCUAUUUUAUUUUCCAUGAACAUAAUAAUAUAUACAUGUAUCCACCAGUAAAAUACGGUAUGGUUUAAGAGUACGUAGUCUAGGACGGUUCGCCUCAGUCCCGCUAGUUCAUUGGGCGAGUUCGCAGUGGCGAGGCGAAGUGUCAUUUGCUGCGAAACGUCUUGCUCCCAGCCUUCCAGCGGUGUGUGGCAUUCUGGCAGGGCAGGUUAAGGUGUCUGAAUGGCCUUCCUGUCUUGGGUCACGAUUUCCAACACAUCAUUGUGUUCAAGUACAACAAUGCCAUAAUGCAGUGUGAGGCCAUACUCUGCAGAGUGGCUUGUAUUUGCACAGGUGAAGUAGGACAGGUCUGAAGAAGCGAUACACGGGAUAGAACGUUCUCUUAACAUGGCGGAAUCUGUGCAGUGGGGCAAGGGACCUCGCUCUCACCCCUGUGAAUGACCUGUGACCUGGAGAGCUGCUAGACCUGCUCCCUGCAUCGCAGUUCCCCCUUGCUCCAUAACCGCUGAUAAUAGACCAUAUUUCAUUAUAUUAUGAUACUUGUAGUUUGUCUAGACAGAAUAUAGGAUAAUAUAUAGGGAUACUUAAGAGAUGGAACGCACCCAAAACGCGGAAAUAGUGUGAAAAUAUGUACGUACGUAUGUAAAACGUAUGUACAAUAUCAUGCUGCAAGUUUAACUAGCCAUACUAGCCAGCAUCAGGUAUCAUUUUGACCCGGAAUGUCUUAACCAGGCUGCGGCAUAUUACAAUAUGCCUGUUCUUUAAAUGUAACAACUAUUAAACAAGAAUAACCAA